AUGGUGACCAUCAUUCUGGGCGCCCAAUGGGGGGACGAGGGCAAGGGGAAGCUCAGCGAUAUCCUCUGCCAAAAGGCGCGCAUUUGCGCCCGCGCCGCCGGCGGCCAUAAUGCGGGCCAUUCUGUUGUUGCCAAUGGCGUGUCCUACGACUUCCACCUUUUGCCCUCGGGCCUCGUCAACCCAAACUGCACCAACCUGAUCGGCUCGGGCGUCGUCUUCAACGUCCAGGCCUUCUUCAAGGAGCUCGCCGCGCUCGAGGAGAAGGGCCUCACGCACGCGCGCAAGAACCUGCUCGUCAGCGACCGCGCUCAGGUCAACCUCGAGCUGCACGCCCGCGUCGACGGCCUUGAGGAGAGGGAGCUGGCGAAGAACAAGAUCGGCACGACCGGCCGCGGCAUCGGGCCGUCGUACGCGAACAAGGCGGCCCGCAACGGGAUACGGGUGCACGAGAUCUUCGACCAGGAGCACUUCGAGACGAAGCUGCGCAACCUCGCGGCCGGCUACAAGAAGAGGUUCGGCGACCUGCUGGAGUACGACGUCGAGGAGGAGAUUGCGCGCUUCCGCGAGUACCGCGAGAAGCUGCCGGAAUUCGUCGUCGAUGCCGUCAACUACAUGCAGGCGGCGCAGGCAAGCGACGUCGAAAUCCUGAUCGAGGGCGCGAAUGCGUUGAUGCUGGAUAUUGACUACGGCACAUAUCCGUUCGUCACGAGCAGCAAUACCGGGCUGGGUGGUGUCAUUACCGGGUUGGCAGUCAACCCGAGGAAGAUCAAUGUUGCAAAGGCAUACACGACGAGAGUAGGAGAGGGUAUCUUCAAGACCGAGGACGUUGGCGAGGUGGGCCAGAAAUUACAGGAGCUCGGGCGGGAAUGGGGCGUCUCCACCGGCAGGAAACGGAGAUGCGGAUGGCUCGACCUAGUCGUGCUGAAGUACUCGGCAUCGGUCAACUACUACACAGCCUGGAACCUCACGAAACUGGACGUCCUCGAUACGUUCCCGACGAUCAAGGUUGCGAUCGCCUACAAGGAUCCCUACACAGGCCAGAAUCUUGACUACUUCCCGGCGGAUCUCGGCUUCCUCGAGAAGUGCGAGGUUGUCUACAAGGAGUUUGAAGGCUGGCAGACAUCGACAACAGCGGUGAAGCGAUUUGUCGACUUGCCGCCUCAGGCGCAGGCGUAUGUCAAGUUCAUCGAGGAAUUCACAGGCGUACCGAUCAAGUGGAUCGGGACAGGCCCGGCGCGUGACGACAUGAUUUACCUGUGAGCGAGCGAUGGGCCUUCCUCGGAUGGGAACGACGAGCCAUCCUCGUCAUGACAACUCAAUUUCUGGCGUUUGAUGUUUCAACUUGUCUUUUGCUGGCUUCCUGCUAGAUUCUCGCAAACCUCGCUUUACGAUAGACCGCUGCAAAACCGACGCCAUUCACACGGCGCCGAGCAACAAUGAUGCAAGGGAAGGAGGCGGAUCCUGACGCAUAUGAACCGGCCGAUACAAUGCUGAUGUUUGAGACGGAGGAGAACAUGCAAAUAUUGCGGC